AUGUCAGCAGCACAUGUAGCGCCCACCGCAAUGAGCUCGCAGUUUCCCAAUGAGUCGCCAAUCAUUGUUGAUGAACAGCACGAUGAAGACGCAACAUCAGAUGUCACCAGCAAUACUCCUAUCCCAAUGAUGAGAGGGAAAGUGACAGACUGUGUAGACCUUCAACAUCACCAAUUCCUCCUUUCUGUCGAUGAAAAAAUUGGCCUCUCACCGCCGAACCAAGAUGACUACUCCGCCAAGCGUGUUCUCGAUAUUGGUACUGGAACCGGGAUUUGGGCAAUUGAGUUCGGUGAGCUCAAGCCCGAAGCAGAGGUCAUUGGCAUUGACUUGUCUCCCCCUUUGGCCGAAGUGCCGCCCAACGUAACAUUUGAGGUGGAUGACAUCGAAGAACCGUGGACGUUCUCCUUGCCAUUUGACUACAUUCACAGUCGAAUGAUGACGUCUAGCAUAUCUGAUUGGAGACGACUCCUUCGAAAUGCUUUCGAUAAUCUCACGCCCGGUGGCUACCUCGAGCUCCAGGAGAUGGAUCUCAAGCCUCAAUCCGAUGACGGUAGUCUGAAACCCGACGCUGCGGUUGUGCGGUGUUUUGCCCUCCUUGAGAAGGCGGCUACGGUACUUAACCGAUCCUUUCAAGACAUCCCGGAUCUCGUCAACGUGAUGCAAGAAAUAGGUUUCGUCGACGUCUCAAUCAAGAAGGUGAUGUGGCCAGCAAAUACGUGGGCCAAAGGGCAACACUAUAAACUACUAGGGCAAUUUGCCCACGAAAAUUGUAUGUCCGGGAUUGAGGGUUGGACUAUGACACCUUUGACACACGGCCUUGGCUGGAGUAAACAAGAAGUGGAGGUCUUUUUGAUCGAGCUGCGAAAAGAAUUUAAGGACCGACGCAUUCAUGCAUACUGGCCUUGGCAAGUCACCUACAUUACCUUACCCAAUAGGAACAUAUCACACUGCUGA